GAGACCAGGUCUCUCUCUCAUCUUUAUCUUCUCUCUCUCGCUCUUCGGCAGCCUUUAUUCUCAAGCUUUCUCGAUCACCAAAACCCUAGAAAUUCUGCGUCUUCGUACACUUCUCGAUCCUCUGAAAAAACCCUAGGCCUACCACUCCUUCCAGAUUUCUCACCCAUUUCUACUCAGAUUCGACCCCUCAACUUUUCAGUUUCUCCGAUUCUUACGCUUGCUUGAGGGCGCUGUGUUUCUUUUCAGCUCCGUUUUCGCGGAGUUUUGAAUAGGCGUCGAGUUGGAUUUGAGUUUUGUGAGGGGAAAUGUCGUCUUUGAGCAGAGAAUUGGUGUUCCUCAUACUCCAGUUUCUAGAAGAAGAGAAAUUUAAGGAGUCCGUACACAAGCUUGAGAAAGAGUCAGGGUUUUUCUUCAAUAUGAAGUACUUUGAGGAGAAAGUACAGGCAGGAGAAUGGGAUGAAGUUGAGAAGUAUUUAUCCGGAUUUACCAAAGUUGACGAUAACAGAUAUUCCAUGAAGAUAUUUUUUGAAAUCAGGAAGCAAAAAUAUCUUGAAGCACUUGAUCGGCAAGACAAGGCAAAGGCUGUAGAGAUAUUAGUGACAGAUUUAAGGGUGUUCUCAACUUUCAAUGAAGACUUGUAUAAAGAAAUCACUCAGCUUUUGACCCUUGCCAAUUUCAGGGAAAAUGAGCAGCUGUCCAAGUAUGGUGACACCAAGACAGCUCGUAGCAUAAUGCUGAUAGAGCUUAAAAAACUAAUUGAAGCAAAUCCUCUUUUCCGUGACAAGCUUGUUUUUCCUACUCUCAAGCCAUCAAGAUUGCGAACUCUAAUCAAUCAAAGUUUAAAUUGGCAGCACCAGCUUUGCAAGAACCCCCGGCCAAAUCCAGACAUUAAGACAUUAUUCACAGACCAUACAUGUGCCCCUUCAAAUGGGGCUCUUGGAGCUACACCUGUCAAUCUUCCUGUUGCUGCAGUUGCAAAGCCUGCUGCCUUUACAUCACUUGGAACGCAUGGUCCCUUUCCACCUGCUGCAGCAGCUGCUAAUGCCAGCGCUUUAGCAGGUUGGAUGGCAAAUGCAGCUGCUUCAUCAACUGUUCAAGCAUCUGUGGUUACUGCUUCAUCCAUGCCAAUGCCCCUGAAUCAAGUUUCAAUUUUGAAACGUCCAAUAACGCCUCCAGCUACUUUGGGUAUGGUUGAUUAUCAGAAUCUUGAACAGGAGCAACUAAUGAAACGCUUGCGGCUUGCACAGAAUGUUGAGGAGGUAACAUAUCCGGCAUCUCGCCAACAAGCUUCUUGGUCACUGGAUGACCUGCCAAGGAUGGUAGCUUUUACCAUGCAGCAAGGAUCCACUGUCACAAGCAUGGAUUUUCAUCCUUCUCACCACACAUUGCUUCUUGUUGGUUCUGGUAAUGGUGAUAUUACACUUUGGGAAGUUGCAUUGCGAGAGAGGUUGGUUACAAAACAAUUCAAGAUAUGGGACGUGACAGCUUGUUCAUUACCAUUUCAGGCUUCCAUUGCCAAAGAUGCACCAAUACCUGUCAGCCGUGUUGCAUGGAGUCCAGAUGGAAAUUUUAUUGGGGUUGCAUUUACCAAGCAUUUGAUUCAUUUGUAUGCUUAUACUGGGUCAAAUGAACUACGCCAACAUUUAGAGAUUGAUGCUCAUGUUGGUUGUGUUAAUGACAUAGCUUUUGCUCAUCCAAACAAACAACUUUGUGUAGUAACCUGUGGUGAUGAUAAACUGAUAAAGGUCUGGGAUAUGAACGGGAGGAAACUAUUUAAUUUUGAAGGUCAUGAGGCUCCAGUAUAUUCUAUAUGUCCCCAUCACAAGGAGAGCAUUCAGUUCAUAUUUUCAACUGCUAUGGAUGGGAAAAUUAAAGCCUGGUUGUAUGAUAACAUUGGCUCCAGAGUUGACUAUGAUGCUCCUGGGCUAUGGUGCACUACAAUGCUUUACAGUGCUGAUGGAAGUAGAUUGUUCUCUUGUGGAACAAGUAAAGAUGGGGACUCUUUUUUGGUUGAAUGGAAUGAAAGUGAAGGAGCAAUAAAGAGGACGUAUAAUGGGUUUAGAAAGAAAUCAGCUGGUGUUGUGCAGUUUGACACAACACAAAAUCACUUUCUGGCUGCUGGUGAAGAUAACCAGAUAAAGUUUUGGGAUAUGGACAAUGUUAAUGUCCUUGCAAGUAUUGAUGCGGAUGGUGGACUUCCGAGUGUUCCUCGCUUGAGAUUCAACAAGGAAGGAAAUCUUCUUGCUGUUACUACUGCAGACAAUGGAUUUAAGAUACUUGCAACUGCUGCUGGUCUCAGAUCUUUGAGAGCAAUUGAAACCCCAUCUUUUGAAGCAUUGAGAACACCUGUUGAAGCUUCUGCACUCAAGGUUGCUGGUACUUCUGCUACUGCUGCAAAUAUCAGUCCAAAUGAACCUAAAGUGGAACGGAGCUCUCCCAUUAAACCUUCUUCCAUUCUUAAUGGAGUUGACACAGCGGCUAGAAGCACAGAAAAGCCAAGAAGCCUCGAAGAUGUAACUGACAGAUCCAAACCCUGGCAGUUGGCUGAAAUUGUCGAACCUGGGCAGUGCCGGCAGGUUACCAUGUCAGACAACAGUGAUAGUUCCAGCAAGGUUUCCCGUCUUCUUUAUACGAAUUCUGGUGUUGGCAUUUUGGCACUUGGAUCAAAUGGUGUUCAAAAACUAUGGAAGUGGUUCCGUAAUGAUCAAAAUCCAAGUGGAAAGGCCACUUCCAAUGUUGUUCCACAGCAUUGGCAACCAAACAGUGGUCUUCUUAUGACUAAUGAUGUCUCAGGUGUCAACCCUGAAGAAGCAGUCCCAUGCAUAGCACUAUCGAAGAAUGACUCAUAUGUAAUGUCGGCCUGUGGUGGAAAAGUUUCCCUCUUCAACAUGAUGACAUUCAAGGUAAUGACAACAUUCAUGUCACCUCCCCCUGCUUCAACCUUCCUAGCCUUCCAUCCUCAAGACAAUAACAUCAUAGCCAUAGGAAUGGAGGAUUCUACCAUCCACAUUUACAAUGUUCGGGUAGAUGAGGUAAAAUCAAAACUGAAGGGACACCAAAAACGCGUAACUGGUUUAGCUUUUUCCACCAGUCUAAACAUCCUGGUCUCAUCUGGUGCUGAUGCUCAGCUCUGCAUGUGGAGCAUUGAUACAUGGGAGAAAAGGAAGUCAGUCUCAAUCCAAAUGCCUGCUGGGAAGGCGCCAAUUGGUGACACUCGAGUACAGUUUCACUCGGAUCAAAUCCGGUUGCUGGUAUUCCAUGAAACACAGUUGGCAACAUAUGAUGCCUCAAAAAUGGAGCGGAUUCGUCAGUGGAUCCCACAAGAUGGACUAUCUGCGCCCGUAUCUUAUGCAGCUUACUCUUGCAACAGUCAACUAAUUUAUGCUACUUUUUGUGAUGGCAACAUCGGGGUCUUUGACGCUGAUAGCCUAAGAUUAAGAUGCCGCAUUGCCCCAUCAGCAUAUUUAUCACAAGCAGCAUUAAAUGGGAGCCAACCUCCCUACCCAGUUGUUGUGGCAUCACAUCCACAGGAGUCCAACCAACUAGCCGUGGGCCUGACAGACGGUAGCGUCAAAGUCAUCGAGCCCCCAGAAUCAGAGGGAAAGUGGGGCGUAUCCCCGCCUGCUGAGAACGGUAUACUGAUUACCAGAACUGCAUCGUCUUCCACCACAAGCAACCACACACCUGAUCAGAUUCAAAGAUGAGACCUCUCCUCCCCCCUCCCCCCUGUACUUCUACUUUCUAAAUUCUUCUGACUUGUAUUCUACCAGUGUAGUUUUUUUAGAUAUUUAUUCCUGCAUAAAAUGUCCGCUUGUCACAGGUAAGAUUGACCGUCAAAAAUGGUUUAGACAUUCUUGUAGACUGUAUUUGUUUGUAUUAGCUGAUUCAUAAUUAUGCUGUUCUAUACACCGUUCUUACAAAAAUACUGUAUGUAUGCAGUGAUUCUUUACUUCCUUUUUGA